AUGUCAGAUACAAAUUCAACACAUAUCGAUAUAAUUAUUAUUAGUCAAGAACCUUCUAUUUCACGUCAGUUUUUCGAUAAAUUUUCUACUUUGGAAACUAUCUUCAAGGAAAGAAAUGAAGGAGUUUUGAAAUUUCUUAAGACCAAAGGUGCUUUACAUCAAUUGAAUUUAAAUUAUUCGUUUAAAACUGAAAAUUCUAAUAAAAGUGAAGUGACGCAAGAUUUCCAAAAACAUUUUGAUGAAUAUUUGGAAAAAAUUUUUGAUGAAACCGUUGAAAAUGAUUUCAAAAAAGAUUUUGAAGAAGCAAGAAAAAGAAUUUAUGAUGCAAUUUUAAAUCAUGUUCAUAUGCAUUUACCUUCUUGGCCAAAUGACGUAGAGCAGAAGACUAAACAUGAAUUGCUAAGCUGUGGUCGUGUUGACAAAGAUUCUUAUACUUUGUUUUGGAGUUGCGUUGGAUGGGUAAAAGUAAAAGAUUCAUGUAUUAAGAAUAGUUCUAGAGAGAUUAGUCAAGUAUUUCCGUCAAGCUUUAAAAAUGAAUUUAUUAGAGAAAUUACCGGCAAACCAGAUUUUAAAUUCAUAAUUUUUGACAAUGAAAAAUUGAGGGAACUAGAGAAAGUUGUUGUUCAAGAUUAUAAUAAGGCAUUAGAGUAUUUAGGUAACGAUGAUGUUCUCACAUGGGAAUAUUUAAAAUAA